AUGAUCCUAGAUUACCUUCCACCGACGGAUCUGAUUCGGCUGUUUUGCGCCAGCAAGAUUGCGCUGGAUUAUGGUGCUUCAUUCAUGCGCCGAGAACCAAGGCAAUUCUAUCGAUGUCUUCCCACUGCUGACGAAGGCAACCUGGCUAUGAAUUCGACGUCGCCGACCGUGGAUGUAUGCGCCCCGACAAAAUCGAAUAAUGAUGCCUACGGAUUCAGUGAUUCCUUCGCAAUCUUGCUAAUUGAUCUUCAAGCCAUCACGGUCUAUGGAGUUAGAAUGGACGGCCGUAUUUAUGUUUGCGGACUUGAUCUUCGGACAAGAAGCACUCAUCAACGCAUUGGUACCCAUUCCGAGUUAGUUGACGUUAUCUGUUUUUUGUUGGACGCUGUCGGAAUCAGAAGUCUGAAGUUCGGUCGUUCAGAGUGGAGUUUCGGGGAUCCAAAAAGAGAUCAAUGCUGGGAAGGACUUAGUAUAAGGAGAGGGGAAGGGAGGCUUAGAAUUGUGCGAGACGCACUCAAAUUCAGACAUAUCGGGUGGUGCUCCGACACUACCAUUUCCUUUCCAGAAACUCUUUUGAUGCAGAAAAGCCAUGCAUUCUGGAAAGGUCAUAUUGAUGAGACUCAUUACGUUGCAGGAGAGCCUCAAGAUGAGAAAGAUAUGGUGUCGAAUGUUGGGAACUUCACUGUCGAGGCUUUGUGGUUAACAGAGAAUCUAUCGGGAGUCACGUUCUAUAGUGCGUUAGGUGGUAUACAAGGUAUCGCCAUACACUACUCGUCAGGAGGGAUAAGCACCGUUGGUCAGACCGGUGACUAUGGUAAGUAUUUCCCGAUACACGGACCAGAUGAGAUUUUUGCGGAGAUCGUUGUUCGUGUGCGUCCAGAGUCCGAGUUUCCCUUGCUUAAACUCAAGGCCAUCUGGGACCAGCAAUGGGCCGGCUUCUAUCAAGAAUCAGGGGAGGUUUAUAGCAGCCUAAGUCUCAAACCACCGAAAAACUGUUAUAUCAAGGGUUUCUACUUUCGAAUUGGAAGCCUGUGGAUUCGAUCUAUUGGGAUGAUUUACGGUGAUCUAGAAGAAGGAAGUGAUUUACAGGCUGAAGCAUGA